AAAUCCGCCUUUAGCAGUUAAACUUCUAGUCUUUGCUCCUUUUCUCGCCGGAGCCAGUCAAUCGCAAAUGGCAAAAAUAAGAAACCGCCGAGUCACGCAGAGUACAGAUCGUCCUCAACCACGAGUCAACCCGCCCACUCAAGCAAACAAACUCAACGAUUCUUCUUCAAAUCUCAAGCUCAUCGCCGUUUUCACAUUCUUCUUCAUAGUAAUUCCCGCAGUCUCCGUCCUGAUAUACCGUAUCCAAUCUCCUUCCAACAUUCCGAUCGCCGACUCGCUUAAACAUCGCCAACAAAGCAACCUUGUUCAUGCUGAUCUCAGCUACCAAGACAUCCUCACUGAGCAUUCAAGGAUUUUAAAGAAUGAAUCUCACCGUGAAUUUAUUCAUCCUGUGUUAGCUUACAUUACUCCCUGGAAUGCUAAAGGAUAUGAAAUGGCAAUUAGGUUUACUAAUAAAUUUACGCAUUUAUCGCCUGUUUGGUACGAUCUUAAGAGCAAAGGAACUGAGUUAAUAUUGGAAGGGAGGCAUAAUGCCGAUAAAGGAUGGCUUUCGGAGAUUAGAAGGAGUGGAAAUGCUUUGGUGUUACCUAGAGUUGUUCUUGAAGCAUUUCCGAUGGAGAUGCUUGCUAAGAAGGAAGUGAGGGAUUAUGUUGUUGACCUGCUAGUAACCGAGUGCAAGGAAAUGGAAUAUGAUGGCAUUGUGCUCGAGUCCUGGUCAAGGUGGGCAUCUUAUCUUAUAUUGCAUGAUCCAGACACAAGAAAGCAGGCCUUGGAGUUUAUAAAACAACUUGGGCAUGAACUCCACUCUGUGAGAUCUGCAAGGAACAGUAAGCAACAUUUAGAGCUGAUCUACGUCAUAGGUCCACCACAGUCAGAGGAGUUUCAGGCAUAUGACUUUGGUCCAGAGGAUCUUCAGACCUUGAACGAUGCUGUCGAUGGUUUCUCACUUAUGACCUAUGAUUUCUCAGGUCCUAGUAAGCCAGGUCCAAAUGCACCUAUAAAGUGGAUCCAUCAAAUCCUGCAGCUUCUCCUUGCUAAGACUAGCAAUGGUGCUCGGACCCCAGCCUAUAAGAUAUUUCUUGGUAUCAGUUUUUAUGGAAAUGAUUUUCUCUUUACUACAGGUUCCGGUGGUGGAGCUAUUAUCGGGAGAGAUUACAUUUCUUUGUUGGAGAAGCACAAACCUAACUUGCAAUGGGAGAAGAACAGCGGGGAGCAUUUUUUUCUCUACACUGAUGAUGAAGAUAACAAACAUGUAGUGUUCUACCCAUCAUUAAUGUCAAUUUCUCUACGGCUAGAGGAAGCCCGCUUAUGGGGAACUGGCGUCUCCAUUUGGGAAAUCGGGCAAGGGCUGGAUUACUUUUUUGAUCUUUUGUAGAAAAUCCUUUUCUGUUUUUGCAUAAGAAAUAUAGUCAUACGCUAUACGCUAUACCAUAAUCUCUGUAGAAAUAAUUUUGUUGGUUCCUUCUAACAGUAGACAGUGUAAAACAAUUGUGCUCAAAUCACAUAGCAGAAGAUCUUGGUUAA